CACACACACUACUUGCUGCUUGUGCACAGUGGGUCGGCCUCUUCUCCCUGGGAAGCGUCUACCCCUGCAUUAAAGCAUCUCUCCUCUGAAUGGUAUAUUCCAGCGUGCAGCCAACUCAAACUGUCAGCUGAUGCUGCUCCUGCUCUCUCCUCCUUACUUAGAUUCCUUCUUUCAGUGCAGCUCUCACUUUCUCUUCAAAAGUGGAUUAACAGGCAGCUGGGCAUGCUGAUGUGCCUUCUUCACCUUCUCACCUCUUGGGGCUUAUUUUAUUCUCUUCAACUUUCCUCUUCUCCCUCACUCCGCUGACUUCGUCUGCCGGUCCCGGAGAUGGGUUCCAAUUUUAAUGACAUUGUGAAGCAGGGUUAUGUCAAGAUCAGGAGCAGGCGUCUUGGUAUUUAUCAGAGAUGUUGGUUAGUGUUCAAGAAAGCGUCGAGUAAAGGGCCGAAGAGGUUGGAAAAGUUUUCCGAUGAGCGGGCGGCUUACUUUCGAUGCUACCAUAAGGUCACAGAACUCAAUAAUGUGAAAAAUGUGCUUCGGCUCCCCAAAACCACGAAGAAGCACGCUGUAGGCAUAUUUUUCACAGACGACACCUCAAAAACCUUCGCCUGCGAAUCCGAACUUGAAGCUGACGAAUGGUGCAAGGUUUUGCAUACAGAAUGUUUGGGAACAAGGAUAAAUGAUAUCAGUCUAGGAGAACCUGAUUUAUUGGCCACUGGUGUGGAAAGAGAGCAAAAUGAGAGAUUCAAUGUUUAUUUGAUGCCGUCCCCUAAUUUAGACAUCCACGGGGAAUGCACGCUGCAGAUAACGUUCGAGAAUAUCUGCCUAUGGGACAUUCAGAAUCCCAGGAUGAAGCUGGUGUCGUGGCCCCUGAGUUCACUUCGGAGGUACGGCAGGGACCCGGCGUGGUUCACUUUUGAAGCUGGCAGGAUGUGUGACACAGGGGAGGGACUGUUUAUCUUCCAGACCAGAGAGGGUGAAGCCAUCUAUCACAAGGUUCACUCAUCGGCCUUGGCAAUUGCAGAGCAACAUGAGCGGCUGCUUCAGAGUGUCAAGAAUUCCAUGCUUCAGAUGAGAAUGAGUGAACGGACAGUUUCUCUGAACACCAUGGUGCCCCUGCCACGUAGCGCUUAUUGGAAGCACAUAACAAGGCAACACAGCGUAGGACAACUUUAUAGUCUGCAAGACCUCACUAAUCCUCAGAAACUUCACCGAACGGACACUUUUCCUACUUACAGAUCGGAGCACUGAUAGAGACUUUCAAGGAACUCAAUGACACAAACUAUUUUGGCUGGGAUUUCUUGACUUCAACAACGGAGCAGAUCUUUCUACCCACUGAUGCAAUUUUUAUAUCUUCACUAAAAAUAUGUGCUUUGUAGACAUUUGAGGAAACGUUGGUUUCACAUUUGACCAUAUGAACUGGACAAUGAAAUGUUUCUUUUUUUUUUUUAAAUCUGAAGUGUCCAUCUGCAAAUCUAUGUGUCUGUCCAUUGUGGUUUGGUGUGACUUUGAUUCCUGAGUGAUAUCAAUUAAAUUGUAUUUUUUUUUUGUUAA